AUGGCAGGUUCUAGUGAGGUUGAAAUGGGAAUGAGGAGAAGUGAAGGUGGUGGAGGUUGCGGCUGGGAUGAGGAAGUUCGGAGCCCCUGUGUGGGAUGCACAGAAAGGGAUUACAGUGAUGACCGUGAAUGGGAGGGGAGAAAAAGGCUGCAAGUGGUGCGCGGCUUGGGAGGAAAAAGGAUUCUCUCAAGCUUCGGGGUUGUGGGGGAGGAGGCAUGGGAGAGUAUUGGUGGAGGCGUGUGA